GUUCCGGUAUACUAUAUAGGAUUAGAUAAACCUCUAUACCAAGAUUUUUUUUAAAAAUUAUACAAAAAACCACGAUUAAUAUCUAAAUCGCUAGAAACCUUUCCAACUUUUUUUUUUUUUUUUAUCCCCACCCAACACCCCAAUUUGUUUUUGGUUUGCGAAGGCAACAUAUAUAACAUACAUUUUUCAUAUUUUUAUUUAUUUAUAUACAAGAAGAUAAAUAUAUUGCUGUCUUCCGGUUCGACUUCGUGAUCUCACCAAAGAAACACGCAAGAUCACUUCCAUCGAUCAAUACAUGGAUACAUCAGCAGUACAACUACCCUUUCGCGAUUAUUCUCUUCAACCUGCUCCUCGGUACAUCAACGCUAGAUGUCAUAUCUGCUCUGUAACAGGUGCCAUCUACAACGGCUACUUUUGCAAUGAUCCUAUUGUUUGGAUGCAUAAGGAGUGCGUUGAGCUCCCAUCUGAGAUCAACCAUCUUUUCCACCCCCAACAUCCUCUCUUGCUCACAUAUGAAGAGGGAUGGUGGAGUUGUUUCUGUGCUUUGUGUGGAGAAACAAAGCCAGCGAAGUACUUUUAUAGUUGUUCCACAUGUAAAAUCAAGGUGGAUUUGACUUGUGGGAUGAACCCACCACCGCCAGCUAUUGAACAUCCCAUCUGCCAUGACCAUCCACUUGUCUUCCUGAAGAAAAGACAGGAGAAAACCCCUUGUGAAGUUUGCAAGAAUAGAAUUCUUGGAUCAUCCUAUUCAUGUCUUGGAUGCGAGUUGUACUUCCACGUGGGCUGCAUCCAUCUCUCGAAAGAGGUAAAUCAUCCUUGUCACUCUGAUCAUCCUCUCAUGCUCGUCGAAUCUGAAUCACUUACAGAUAAUGAUAAGAAGACUUGUUUUCUAUGUGGGCAACAACCGCAUGGUAUUCUUUAUCAUUGUUCUAUCUGCAACUUCACACUGUGCAUUGGUUGUAUCAAAUCACCACCACCUCUUGUUGUCGAGAAUGUGAAGACGCACAAGCAUCCUCUUACUUUCUUUCCAAGAGGAGUCUACUGCACUUGUAACGUUUGUGGGGUAAAAGGACUUAUACUCUCUUAUAUGUGUCUUCAGUGUGGUUUUGCGGUCCAUUGUAGUUGUGUAGACUUACCUCAAGUCAUAAACAUAAAUCGUCAUGAUCAUCGCAUUUCUUUCACACAGCAUCUUGGUCCUGGGUAUUUGAACUGUGGAGUUUGCCGAAGAAGUGUAUGCCAAUUCAAUGGAGCUUAUUCUUGCUUAGUUUGCCCCAACUAUGCAGUUCAUUCACGGUGUGCAACAAGAUAUGACAUAUGGGAUGGUGUGGAACUGGAAGGGAAAGCUGAGAAUAUUGAGGAUAUUGCGCCAUUUAAGGUGGUUGGGGAUGACUUGAUUCGUCAUUUUAGUCACAGCAAACAUUCUUUAAGACUCCACAAGAACAAUAUCAUUUAUGAUGAUAGUACACGAUGUGAAGCAUGUGGCCAUCCAGUCGAAUUUGGUCGAAUAUACAAUUGUGAGGAAUGCUGUUUCAUUCUUCAUGAAAAGUGUGCUAAUCUCCCUAUGAAGAAAAGGCUUGUCUUUUCUACCUUACCAUUCCUAUUACUGGGACCGGGUAAUGAUGUUUGCAAGGUUUUAGAUUGCAAGUUAUGUGGAAUGUUUUUUACUGGUUUCGAGUACAAGUCCCAAGAAAGGAGGCAAAGCGAUAUCGAUGUACAUUGUGGUUCCCUUACGGAGCCGUUCGUCCAUGAUGGCCAUUUACAUCCCUUAUAUUUUGAUCAAAAGCAAAAGGAGCUUCCUUGCAAUGCUUGUCAAAAAACCAUAAGAGAUUAUAUGCUUUGUUGUGCUGAUUGUGACUUCAAUUUGUGUUUAUGGUGCGCUAGUCUGCCAAAAAAGAUAAGGCAUAGCAACGAUGAGCACAUUCUCACGCUAUGUUGUGGUGAAGAAGCAAAUGGAAAAUAUUGGUGUGAUAUCUGUGAGGCAGAGUUGGAUCCAAGUAAAUGGUUCUAUACAUGCUUUGGUUGUGGAGGCACAUUGCAUGUGGAAUGCGUACUAGGAGAUUUCUCACGUCUCAUGCCAGGAUGCACCAUUGACUACCGGGUAUAUACCGUGGAGGUGGUUUUCAAUAAUCACAACACGCGACCAAUGUGCAGCCGGUGUCACUCUCGAUGCAAGGUUUCUGUAAUCCUUAAGUUUCGUGAGGGUAACAUUGUAUAUUUUUUUUGUUCACGUUCAUGUUUUCUGAUGCAUUUCUCAUAUUAUCUGUGAGGCAUUGCUACGAUUUUUCAUGUGAGAGGAAAAGGCUUUGAUGUUUUAUUCUAAAUUGAUGA